AAGGGAAAGCGGGAAAGAUAUCAGACUUGACUGUGAGGAGGAGCGGAACGGGAACGUAGAAAUCAAUCCAUCUCGUUUCCUAACCCUUCUAAUCUCAUGUCUGUAGGCAGAUCGAGAGAGCCAUGAAGUUUAAGGCAUUCCUCACCCAGGACGGCGUCAAUCUCCUCGACAAGCGUUUUCUCCCUGCCCUCGACAAGCAUGGACGCAUUUGCCAUGUAUACUUGACUCCCGAUCACGCCAUGUUCCUCCACAACCUCCUCGGUGGCGACGGCGUGCAGUCCGUGGCGCAGUUCAACAAGGACGUCCUCUUCCGAGACUAUCGAAUCUCCAGCCAGAAUGCCGGCCGCAUCGCCUUCGCGGUCGAUGUUGCCCUCCUACACCGCGCCCUCCGCAGCGCUCUCACCAUCCAGGCUCAGGCCCGGGACGACACCGCGGCCAUCCAGAUCAAGCUCGUGAAGAAGCUCGCCGCGGGCUCGCGCGACCCCGCUCCGUUUCUCACGUUCGAGACCAAGGGGCGGGUCUCCGCUGUGGUGCAGGACGUGCCCAUCUCCAAGCCCCUACCCCGGGACGACGUGCAGCAGCUCCAGUCCGCCUUGGAAGCUGCGCAGGACCUACCCCAGACUCUGGUUCAGGUCCAAGAUCUUGCUCAGCUACAGAGCUUGGUGGACCGGCUGAGGAAUGUUGGAGACCUUCUCACAGUUGCCAUUACCCAGUACGGUGACCUUCAUCUGCAGGUGUCCACCUCACUUAUCACUGUUGGUUCUGAGUUCAGGAGGUUGAGAGUCCUUGGUGUGCGUGCUGAUCCACCGAUAGGUGAUCGAACUUUAAGCGCUCCGACACGUACUGAGAUGGCGAUUCAGAAGGGCGAAGGAGCCUCGGUGCAAGUGAGCCUGAAGCAUCUUGCAAAGAGCUUGCAGUGUCACUUGGCCAAGCCAGAUUGCGCCUUCUACGGUAUCGCUCCUCAGGGUGCUUGCUUGACCGUGAUAUUCCAGUUCUUCAUUCCGGGGACACGACUGACAGAUAAAUCCAUCAGCUUCUACUGCAGGCUUCCGGUCCUUGACCCAGGCUCCGGCCCUUGAGAAAUGUAAAAGAAUAUUAAAAUUUUACUGCAAAGUUCUUGAAAAUAAUUUAGGUACAAUUACAAUAAGAGUUGGCUACCAAUAUAUCUGUUUAUAUACACUAAAUCUUGUAAUAUCUGACAAUUUGUCAAAAAGGUCUGGUACUUUUUAUUUUUUGUUUCUCUUUUU